CCCUAGCACGGCUCUCUCUGUUCCCUUUGAAAGGAAUCAUGUUUCCAGUUCAUACUUUGCCUUCUAACAUCAGAGAAGCAGAGAGAGGGGUUUUUCUUAGUGGAGAAACUGGUCUGGUAUGGGCAGUGCGGAGGUAAAUUUCCACAGAGGCUUUGAGCCUCCCAAAUUUUCGACUCUCCAGAAACCAGUCCUGCCUGGGCGUCAUGGAUCGGGUCAGCCUCCCAGGGCGAGGCUGUGGGGCGCGGUCACCGGGCUGUCCUCCCCGCAGGGCUGGCAUUCCUCUGCAUCGGCACUCCAUCCAUCCCCUCGGACACAGAGGGCCUAUUGGGGCGGGGGUGGGAAUUGUGUCCCUACAGGUGCUGCAGCAGCAGCACGUUCAGACCACAGGCAAAAGCCACAGAGGGUGCCACUCUGUGUUUGCAUUACUAAUUAUCACUGCCACCCACCGUGUAUCCCGGAAACUGCAGUUUCCAUCUUGCUUUGUUUAUUGGCUGUAACUCUCACACACCAGAAACCCCCCAAAGCUUAUCUCUACCAAGUUCCUCUUGCUAAGAAAUCAUGUGUGUGUGAUUCUAGUUAUUUCUAGAAUAAAGUGCCAUCAAAACCCAACAAACCCUGAACACACGAAAUGUCCACUGGGGAGCCUCAGAGCACACACAGGCACAGAGAGGCUUCAGUACAGAAGCCAAGUGCUGCUUUUCUAAAAAAAUACAGAAAGGGAUUUAUUGAUGUUUCAAAAAUAAAGUGUGUGGAAAUAGUGAAGAAUGACGACGGUGCCAUUCCCUGCCAAAAUAAAUACCCAUUUCAGGUUGUCCACGAUGCUAACACACUUUACAUUUUUGCACCUAGUGCACAAAGCAGGGACCAGUGGGUGAAGAAGUUAAAAGAAGAAAUAAAGAACAACAACAAUAUAAUGAUUAAAUACCAUCCUAAAUUUUGGGCAGAUGGAAGUUAUCAGUGUUGUAGACAAACUGAAAAACUAGCACCUGGAUGUGAAAAAUAUAAUCUUCUUGAGAGUAGUAUCAAAAAAGCACUACCUCCAGCUCCAGAAAAAAAGAAGCGAAGGCCUCCCCCACCAAUUCCCCUGGAAGAAGAGGAUAACAGUGAGGAAAUAGUUGUAGCCAUGUAUGAUUUCUACGCGACAGAAGCACAUGAUCUCAGAUUAGAGAGGGGCCAGGAGUACAUCGUAUUAGAAAAGAAUGAUGCUCAUUGGUGGAAAGCAAGAGAUAAGUACGGGAGUGAAGGCUAUAUCCCAAGUAAUUAUGUAACAGGAAAGAAAUCAAACAACUUAGAUCAAUAUGAAUGGUAUUGCAGAAAUAUGAACAGAAGCAAAGCAGAGCAGCUCCUCAGAAGUGAGGAUAAAGAAGGUGGUUUUAUGGUGAGGGAUUCCAGUCAACCAGGCAUGUACACAGUCUCCCUUUAUACAAAGUUUGGAGGAGAAGGCUCAUCGGGUUUCAGGCAUUAUCACAUAAAGGAAACCACAACCUCCCCCAAGAAGUAUUAUCUGUCAGAAAAACACGCAUUUGGUUCCAUUCCUGAGAUUGUUGAGUAUCAUAAGCACAAUGCAGCAGGACUUGUGACGAGGCUGCGGUACCCAGUGAGUGCAAAGGGGAAGAAUGCACCGACCACUGCAGGAUUCAGCUACGAAAAAUGGGAGAUCAACCCUUCGGAACUGACCUUCAUGAGGGAAUUGGGGAGUGGACUGUUUGGAGUGGUGAGGCUUGGCAAGUGGCGAGCGCAGUACAAAGUAGCAAUCAAAGCUAUUCGGGAAGGCGCGAUGUGUGAGGAAGAUUUCAUAGAAGAAGCUAAAGUGAUGAUGAAACUGACACACCCGAAGUUGGUGCAGCUUUAUGGUGUGUGCACCCAGCAGAAACCAAUUUACAUCGUUACCGAGUUCAUGGAAAAGGGCUGCCUUCUGAACUUCCUACGACAGAGACACGGUCAUUUUAACAGAGAUGUGCUGCUGAGCAUGUGUCAAGAUGUGUGUGAAGGGAUGGAGUACCUGGAGAGAAACAGCUUCAUCCACAGAGAUCUGGCUGCCAGAAAUUGUCUAGUAAAUGAGGCGGGAGUGGUGAAAGUAUCUGAUUUCGGAAUGGCCAGGUACGUCCUGGAUGAUCAGUACACAAGUUCUUCGGGUGCUAAGUUUCCUGUGAAGUGGUGUCCACCCGAGGUGUUCAAUUACAGCCGCUUCAGCAGCAAGUCAGAUGUCUGGUCGUUUGGUGUCUUAAUGUGGGAAGUAUUCACUGAAGGCAGAAUGCCCUUUGAGAAGAACACCAACUACGAAGUGGUGACCAUGGUUACUCACGGCCACCGACUCCACCGGCCGAAGUUGGCGUCCAAAUACAUAUAUGAAGUGAUGCUGAGGUGUUGGCAGGAGAAACCAGAGGGAAGGCCUUCCUUCGAAGAUCUGCUGCGCACGAUAGAUGAGCUAGUGGAGUGUGAAGACACCUUUGGAAGAUGAGGAGUGUUGUGAUCCAGAUUCCAAAGCACAAGGAAGAAAUGGCACUUGGUGGCUAACUUUUAAUUUAUUUAGCACUUGGAUGUCUAGAUUGUUUUACUUACAAAGUAACAACACCUAAAGCAUCUGCUUUGGGACCAUCCUUAGCUGCAUGACUGAAUCUUCCAGAUUAUGGAGAUGCUGCCUUAGAGAUGCUGAUUAAAAGCGCUCUUAUCCAUUCCACGGGGCUUGCGUGCCCACCAUGGGGCCGUGUUAGCUGCUGCCAGUGGAAAACCAGGGUAUUUGGGAAGAGCAAGGACGUUAGAGCCGUGUUCCAGCACGUCUCCUCCCUUUAACUUCUACAGAAGUCUGGGCCUGGGGUGCUGUCUGGAAUGUGGGUUCUGUAGGAACCAGGAACCACAUUGGAUAGGUACCCAUCUUUUAUUUUGAAAACAUCUGUUUUCAAGACUGCCAUUAGUAUUAUAUUACAAAACAUUUGUAUGCUGUACAUAUUGUAAAUAUAUAUAAUAU